CCAAAGCAAAGCGCAGCAGCUGACCGGUGUUAUUAAACAGAAAACACACACGGUGUGUGUAAAAUUGGCUUAUUUAAGGGACGCUGACGAGCUCUGCUGUACCGCAGCUUGGAAAAAGAAAUGGAGCGAUAAAGAUGACAGCUCGACAUUAGCCAAGCAUCAGGAUUUUAUGUUUUGAUUUUAUUUAUUACAGGUCUUUUAUUUUGUAACGCUCUAAGGUUCAAUUUAGCGUUUCUUUUUAUUUGUUCUGAGUUAUAAGGACGGAUCCCAUUCUGCCAUGUCAAGCCCGAGGAGGAGGAGGGAGAGCGGGCCGGCUGGGCUGCUGUACCCGUUGCUCGGUGCGUGUCUCUGGGCUGCGGUGGUCGGAUACAAGCCGGUGAUCAUAGUGCACGGUUUGUUCGACAGCUCAGGGGAUUUUAAAAUCUUAGAGCGGUUCAUUAACGAGUCUCAUCCUGGAACAAACGUGACGGUCAUCGACUUGUUCGACAGAAGCGCCAGCCUGCAGCCCAUGUGGAAGCAGGUGGAGGGAUUCAAGGCAGCCAUUUACCCAAUAAUGCAAAACGCAGCAGACGGGGUCCACUUUAUCUGCUACUCACAAGGUGGGCUGAUUUGCAGAGGAAUCCUCUCCACUCUGUCUGACCACAACGUCCAGUCUUUCAUCUCUCUGUCCUCGCCACAGGCCGGCCAGUACGGAGACACAGACUACCUGAAGUACCUCUUCCCACAGUUUGUGAAGUCCAACCUCUACCACCUCUGCUACACUGCAAUAGGUCAGAGGAUAUCCAUCUGCAACUACUGGAACGACCCUCACCACAGAGACCUGUACGUGAACAGCAGUGAUUAUUUGGCUCUGCUCAACAGUGAGAGAGCCAACCCAAAUUCAACAGAGUGGAGGAAGAACUUCCUUAGAAUCAAAAACCUGGUGCUGAUCGGAGGACCAGACGACGGAGUCAUCACCCCCUGGCAGUCGAGUCAGUUUGGAUUUUAUGACGACAACGAGACCGUCGUUGAGAUGCAACAACAAGAUUUUUAUUUGAGAGAUGUUUUCGGCCUGAAGACGCUGGCGGCUCGUGGAGAUUUGAUCAUCUGCACCGUUCCCAAAGUCGAGCACGUGUUUUGGCACUCGAGUGAGACGGUGUUCCACAUGUGCAUUGAGAAGUGGCUGGUGUAGAGCAUAACUCUUAAAUAGUGCACACACACAGAGAUAAACACACACACACACACAACGCAGUUUUACAAACUCUUAACUUCCAACUCUUCCAACUCUCCGACUACUGUAAAGUAUCCUCAGAAACAUUUGUGAGUGUACUCUGAAGGAUGUAAUCUCAUUUUCUGGAUUGCAUUUCUUAGAAGUAACUUGGUAAUCGAACAGUGUUGCCUGUGUUUGUUUUUCCUUGUACCUCCUGUUGGUGUGGUUUGUGUUUCUAUUGAGACGUUUUAUUGUUUAGUAACUGCUCGGUCACUUUAAAAGGAAUAGUUUGACAUUUUGGGUCUUAUUUGCCUUCUAGCGCAGAGUUAGAUAAGAAGAUUGAUACCACACUCAUGUCUGUGAGGUGUAUAUAAACUACAGCCAGCAGCCGUUUAUCUUACCGUAGCAUAAAGGCUGAGGGAAACAGCUGGCCAAAAUCCUCCUACCAGCUCUGUAAAGUUCACUUACAAACACCUCUUGCAUUUGUUUCAAUUACAUAAAACUGAGUGUAAAAGCGAUUAUUUGUGUUUUUUCACGAGAGGUUAUGUGCUGGACUAUUUCUUCCUGGAGUCUUGUCAUCACUGUGAGGUUGCCAGGCAACCAGCGGAGACCCCAGAAAGCUGCAGCUCCCAAAAACACCAUAAAACCACAAACUGUCCUCUUUACACUCCAGUUUUUGUACUGAUUGAACGAACAGGAUUGGUACGUGUUAAUUAGUGGCCUGUAGAGAGCUCGUAGGGAGAUUCUGUUAACCUUCGGACAGAGCCAGGUGAGCUGUUUCCCCCUGUUUCAAGUCUUUCCUUAAGGCUAAACUAAGAUAAGCUCACAGUUCAUAUUUAUGCUACGGGCAUGAGAGCAGUAUUAAAUCCUCUGGUUUGAUCCUCUGCAAAAAAUGUCUAACUAUUCCCUUCAUUUUUUCUUAAAAACCUUGCUGCUGCUGUGGAACAAAUCCAGCACAUCACUGUGUGUGUGUGUGCUGGGGGCAUUUGGUCAAACGCCAUCAGGAGCGACAAAUACAAAGGCUUCCAUAAACAUAAGGGAUGUUAAAGGAGCACUCCUCCAUAAAGUAUAGGGACAGAUUUAAAAGAGAAGGGUCAAAAAUUAAUGUAGCAGAGACUGAAAUAUCCAGACUUUUAUUCCCAGGUGUAAGCCCCCAAAUGCUGCAAUUUCCACAAUGCAACUCAACGAUAUCUUUUAGACCCUUCUGCUUGUUAAAAAUCUGCAUAUUUCAAAAUCCUCUCCUCUACCUUGUAAUGCAGGCUUUUGUUAAAAUUUGAAGUAAGCCCCAAGCUGUGCUUUUCACAGGCUGAUGUGUUCCCCAUGGCUGCUCUCCAUGUGUAAAAAAUGGCAGAGUGCCCCUUUAAUUUGUAUGGCUAAGUAAGUUUAUUACUUAGAAAUUUCAAGCCCACAUACAUACAGUGUUUCUCCGUGUGUGUGCCUGUGUGUUGGGUCACACAUACCUCACAACACCACACAACACAACAGUGCCUGAGUGACGCUCUGUCAUCUUGUCUACAUGUACAGAAUCACUGCCCUGCUCAUUUUAUGACGCAGUAGUUUAUAUCUUAUUAUCCUCCCUUUUUUAAACCGAGGGGGAAUCAUGUUUUCCUGUUUGUUUGUUUGUUUUUUUGGUGUGCACAUCUAAUUGUGGUUAUUCUCAUUAUCAUGCAGUGCUUUGGAGCUUUAGUAGAUUAAGCCUUAAAUUUUCCCCUCAUGCCUCAGUGUUUCAUGUCCCAUACCGAAGUGCUAUGGUACAUUGCCUUUAGUGACGGUGCUAAAAUGAGAGAGGGGAGAGCGGUGGAGACUGACGUAGAGUGACCAGGGAGUGGCAGUGCUAUGUUAGUGUUUACUUGUCCACCAGACUAUUGUACGUGGCAGUCUUUACCUCCCAUCGCGUUUAGAUAUCUCAGGCGUUUGAGCAACCUUCCUGUUUGUCUGUCUCUGUCGCAGAAGGGAUCGAUUUUGAACUACUUGCAUUUUGUUGGAUGUUUGUGGCGUCCUGUUGUUCUUAUAUUUGUUUCUCAAAAGAAGGAGAAUGGAAAUAUCUAUCGUGUGAUAAAAUAAGAAGUGAAUUACUAUUUUAAUGAGGAACAUAUGCAUUGCACAAUAUUUAAGCAGGGGAGGGAAGUGAUGUGACAAUUUUAACUGUUUAAGUUGUUAAAUUUGCAGUGUUAUUUUAAUAUUGUUACAUCUUUCAUGUUUGCUUGUACAAAUGGAUUAACUGCUUUUUUAGGGACUGAAGGGAUGUUCUCUGUGUUGGGUUUUCUUGCUUUACAAAGAGUAGAUGCAGAUACGGACAAUUUUUUAAAACUGCUUUUGAAUCUGCUAUUUUGACACUGACAAUUUCUACAAUAUUUGGGCUGCCAAUGAAAAUAUGUCAAAUGUUGUCAAUUCCUCAAUAAAAGACAGUUU